CGGCGGGUGCCUUCCAGGGGGGAGGGAGGGAGGACUAGGGGGGAAAAGAGCACGGCGCCCAAGGCGAGGUCGGCACUCUCCGUCCCCGCGGCUGGCGCAGGACCUCGCUCGAGCGGAGCGCGCACGGGGAGCGGGUCGCGGGGCGGCGGCGGCGAGGAGGCGGCGAGAAGGAGUCGGAGGGGGCGAGGGGGCGAGGAGGCGAGGGCGGCGAGCCGAGCGGGGUCCCGGCCGCCCCGCGGGCCAAGGUCGACCCCCCGCGCGUGGGCGAGCGCGCCAGCCGGCCCCGGCGCGAGGGCCACCGCCACAAAGAGAACGCCGGCGGCUGCUCCCCAUGACUUCCUAGAGCGCGCGGUCCCCGCCGAGUCCGCUCCCUCCCGGGCCGCGCCCCGCGCCCCCGUGCGUCCCCGCGCGCCCCGACCCGCGCCCCGCCGGCAUGGACGUCCACACCCGCUGGAAAGCGCGCAGCCCGCCGCGCCCGGGCGCCCCGCUGCUGUCCCCACCGCUGCUGCUGCUGCUGCUGCUGUGGGCGCCGCCUCUGAGCCGCGCAGCUCAGCCAGCAGAUCUCCUGAAGGUUCUAGAUUUUCACAACUUGCCUGACGGAAUAACAAAGACAACAGGUUUUUGUGCAACACGGAGAUCUUCCAAAGGCCCAGAUGUCGCUUACAGAGUCACGAAAGAUGCUCAGCUCAGUGCACCUACCAAGCAGCUGUAUCCUGCGUCUUCAUUUCCUGAGGACUUCUCCAUUCUAACCACUGUGAAAGCCAAGAAAGGCAGCCAGGCCUUCCUGGUCUCCAUCUACAAUGAGCAGGGCAUCCAGCAGAUCGGCCUGGAAAUGGGCCGCUCUCCGGUUUUCCUCUAUGAGGACCACACAGGGAAACCAGGGCCAGAGGACUAUCCCCUCUUCAGGGGCAUCAACCUGUCGGAUGGCAAGUGGCACAGGAUCGCUCUCAGCAUCCACAAGAAGAACGUCACCUUGAUCCUGGAUUGUAAAAAGAAGACCACCAAGCCCCUCGACCGCAGUGACCACCCCGUAAUCGACGUCAACGGCAUCAUCGUGUUUGGAACCCGGAUCCUGGAUGAGGAAGUGUUUGAGGGUGACAUCCAGCAGCUGCUCUUUGUCUCCGACCAUCGGGCGGCUUACGAUCACUGUGAGCACUACAGCCCAGACUGUGACACCGCGGUCCCCGACACCCCCCAGUCACAGGAUCCCAACCCGGAUGAAUAUUACCCAGAAGGAGAAGGGGAAGGUGAUGCGUACUACUAUGAGUACCCCUACUAUGAGGACACAGAGGACCCGGGCAAGGAGCCCGCCCCCACCAACAAGCCCGUGGAAGCUGCUAGAGAGACCACAGAGAUUGCCGAGGAGCAGACCACAGCCCCCACGGCAGCCCCCUCAGUGCCCGACACCAGCGAGGGGGCCGGGAAGGAGGACGACCCCGGCUUCGGGGUCUAUGACUACAUGCCCAGCGAGGACUACUACACGCCCGCCCCGUAUGAGGACCUGAACUACGAGGGCUUCGAGAAUCCCGACCUGCCCCCUGAUCACGGCGCAGGGGCCGAGGUUCCCACCAGCACGACCAGCACGGCCAACGCCUCCAAUCCUGCUCCGUCUCCGGAAGAUGACUUGGAAGGCGAGUUUACGGAAGAAACCAUCAGGAACCUGGACGAGACCUACUACGACCCCUACUACGACCCCACGGUGUCCCCGUCGGAGAUAGGGCCGGGCAUGCCCGCCAACCAGGACACCAUCUACGAAGGGAUCGAAGGACCCCGAGGAGAGAAGGGCCAGAAGGGAGAGCCUGCCAUCAUCGAACCAGGCAUGCUUAUGGAGGGGCCGCCGGGCCCCGAAGGCCCCGCGGGUCUCCCAGGACCUCCGGGAACGAUGGGACCCACUGGCCAAGUGGGUGACCCUGGAGAAAGGGGUCCCCCUGGACGCCCAGGCCUUCCAGGGGCUGAUGGGCUGCCCGGCCCUCCUGGAACCAUGCUCAUGUUGCCCUUCCGCUUUGGAGGGGGCGGUGACGCUGGCUCCAAGGGUCCCAUGGUGUCGGCUCAGGAGUCCCAGGCUCAGGCCAUCCUGCAGCAGGCCCGGCUGGCGUUGAGGGGGCCAGCUGGCCCGAUGGGUCUGACUGGGAGGCCCGGCCCCAUGGGCCCUCCGGGGAGCGGAGGUCUGAAGGGCGAGCCGGGAGACAUGGGGCCUCAGGGUCCCCGAGGAGUGCAGGGCCCUCCUGGCCCGGCCGGAAAGCCUGGAAGAAGGGGCCGAGCUGGGAGCGACGGAGCAAGAGGGAUGCCGGGGCAAACGGGCCCGAAGGGCGACCGCGGCUUCGACGGCCUGGCUGGACUGCCGGGGGAGAAGGGCCACCGGGGUGACCCUGGUCCUUCUGGCCCGCCAGGACCUCCGGGAGAUGAUGGAGAUCGGGGUGAUGAUGGAGAAGUCGGGCCCAGAGGGCUGCCCGGGGAACCCGGGCCGCGUGGUCUGUUGGGGCCAAAGGGACCCCCGGGCCCUCCUGGACCUCCGGGUGUGACGGGUAUGGAUGGCCAACCAGGUCCGAAAGGAAAUGUGGGCCCCCAGGGAGAGCCCGGCCCCCCGGGACAGCAGGGCAAUCCAGGUGCCCAGGGUCUCCCAGGCCCCCAGGGUGCAAUCGGUCCUCCAGGGGAAAAGGGUCCCCUGGGGAAACCAGGCCUGCCAGGAAUGCCCGGUGCUGACGGACCCCCGGGGCACCCUGGCAAGGAAGGCCCUCCAGGAGAGAAAGGAGGCCAGGGUCCACCCGGCCCCCAGGGCCCCAUCGGCUAUCCGGGUCCCCGAGGAGUCAAGGGAGCUGAUGGCAUCCGCGGUCUGAAAGGCACCAAGGGCGAGAAGGGUGAAGACGGCUUUCCUGGGUUUAAAGGCGACAUGGGAAUCAAGGGCGAUCGGGGGGAGAUCGGCCCCCCUGGUCCCAGAGGAGAAGAUGGCCCCGAAGGCCCGAAGGGUCGUGGAGGUCCAAACGGCGACCCGGGUCCUCUGGGACCCCCUGGGGAGAAGGGAAAACUCGGAGUGCCGGGAUUACCAGGUUACCCGGGAAGACAAGGGCCCAAGGGUUCUAUCGGAUUUCCCGGCUUUCCUGGUGCCAACGGAGAGAAGGGCGGCAGGGGCACACCUGGGAAGCCAGGACCACGGGGGCAGCGAGGCCCGACGGUAACCACCCUCUGGGCUUCCAGAAGCGGGAGCACAUUGCAGGGGGCAUGCUCGGUGGGAGGGGGAGGGAGGUGUCCAGGGCUGGGAGGAUUCGAGCUCACCUUUCCUCUCUCCCCCCCCCCCGUGCAGGGUCCGAGGGGCGAACGGGGCCCCCGGGGCAUCACUGGGAAGCCCGGCCCCAAGGGCAACUCUGGAGGCGACGGCCCCGCUGGCCCUCCGGGUGAACGGGGACCCAACGGACCCCAAGGACCCACCGGUUUCCCUGGACCCAAGGGCCCUCCUGGCCCUCCGGGCAAGGACGGGCUCCCGGGACACCCUGGACAGAGAGGAGAGACCGGUUUCCAAGGCAAGACCGGCCCCCCAGGGCCCCCGGGCGUCGUGGGCCCUCAGGGUCCCACGGGAGAAACGGGCCCGAUGGGCGAGCGUGGCCACCCCGGGCCCCCAGGCCCCCCCGGUGAGCAGGGGCUCCCCGGCCUUGCCGGGAAAGAAGGGACGAAGGGUGACCCGGGUCCCGCCGGCCUCCCUGGGAAAGACGGCCCCCCUGGACUGCGUGGUUUCCCUGGGGAUCGGGGGCUUCCCGGUCCAGUGGGCGCACUCGGACUGAAAGGCAGCGAAGGCCCCCCUGGCCCGCCAGGCCCCGCGGGAUCCCCCGGAGAGAGAGGCCCGGCCGGUGCUGCUGGGCCCAUCGGAAUCCCAGGGAGACCCGGGCCCCAAGGACCUCCAGGGCCGGCUGGGGAGAAAGGAGCUCCCGGUGAGAAGGGUCCCCAAGGCCCAGCUGGCCGAGAUGGCCUCCAGGGCCCCGUGGGGCUCCCCGGUCCAGCUGGCCCCGUGGGCCCCCCCGGAGAAGACGGAGACAAGGGAGAGAUCGGGGAGCCUGGACAGAAGGGGAGCAAGGGGGACAAGGGCGAGCAGGGUCCGCCUGGGCCCACCGGUCCUCAGGGCCCCAUCGGACAGCCAGGCCCCUCCGGAGCCGACGGCGAGCCGGGCCCUCGCGGCCAGCAGGGCCUUUUUGGGCAGAAAGGUGACGAAGGUCCAAGAGGAUUUCCUGGGCCCCCCGGGCCAGUGGGGCUGCAGGGUCUGCCGGGACCUCCCGGAGAGAAGGGCGAGACUGGGGACGUGGGUCAGAUGGGACCCCCGGGCCCCCCCGGCCCCCGAGGACCCUCUGGAGCUCCAGGCGCUGACGGGCCACAGGGGCCUCCCGGUGGCAUAGGCAAUCCCGGUGCGGUGGGAGAGAAGGGUGAGCCUGGCGAAGCCGGAGAGCCUGGCCUGCCUGGAGAGGGGGGCCCUCCGGGACCCAAAGGAGAAAGGGGCGAGAAGGGCGAGUCGGGCCCUUCUGGUGCAGCUGGACCCCCUGGACCCAAAGGCCCUCCUGGGGACGACGGUCCCAAAGGCAGCCCCGGCCCUGUCGGCUUUCCCGGAGAUCCUGGUCCCCCCGGAGAGCCUGGCCCCGCGGGUCAAGAUGGCCCCCCUGGUGACAAAGGGGACGACGGUGAGGCUGGGCAAACGGGAUCCCCGGGCCCUACUGGUGAGCCGGGACCGUCUGGGCCUCCAGGAAAAAGGGGCCCCCCCGGCCCCGCAGGCCCCGAAGGCAGACAGGGAGAGAAGGGAGCCAAGGGGGAAGCCGGCUUAGAAGGCCCUCCUGGGAAGACUGGUCCCAUCGGCCCCCAGGGGGCCCCUGGGAAGCCCGGCCCCGAUGGCCUGCGAGGGAUCCCUGGCCCUGUGGGUGAGCAAGGUCUCCCAGGCGCCCCAGGCCCCGACGGCCCCCCCGGCCCCAUGGGUCCCCCAGGACUCCCCGGCCUCAAAGGAGAUUCUGGCCCUAAGGGGGAAAAGGGUCAUCCAGGCUUGAUCGGACUCAUCGGACCUCCGGGCGAACAGGGUGAAAAGGGCGACCGCGGUCUCCCUGGCCCCCAGGGCUCCUCCGGCCCUAAGGGCGAACAGGGCAUCACUGGUCCUUCCGGCCCGAUCGGCCCUCCGGGCCCUCCCGGCUUGCCGGGUCCUCCUGGGCCAAAAGGUGCUAAGGGCUCCUCGGGUCCCACUGGCCCGAAGGGUGAGGCAGGCCACCCAGGACCCCCCGGCCCGCCGGGUCCCCCCGGCGAGGUCAUCCAGCCCCUGCCGAUCCAGGCAUCCAGGACCCGGCGGAACAUCGACGCCAGCCAGCUGCUGGACGACGGGGCCGGCGAGAGCUACGCGGACUACGCGGACGGCAUGGAGGAGAUCUUCGGCUCCCUCAACUCCUUGAAGUUAGAGAUCGAGCAGAUGAAGCGGCCCCUGGGCACGCAGCAGAACCCCGCACGCACCUGCAAGGACCUGCAGCUCUGUCAUCCGGACUUCCCGGACGGUGAAUACUGGGUAGAUCCUAACCAAGGCUGCUCCAGAGACUCCUUCAAAGUUUACUGCAAUUUCACGGCCGGAGGGGCGACGUGCGUCUUCCCCGACAAGAAGUCCGAGGGGAGUAAAAUGGCCCGCUGGCCCAAAGAGCAGCCUUCUACCUGGUAUAGUCAGUACAAGCGAGGGUCCCUGCUCUCCUACGUGGACGCCGAGGGCAACCCCGUGGGUGUGGUGCAGAUGACCUUCCUGCGCCUCCUGAGUGCCUCCGCCAACCAGAACAUCACCUACAACUGCUACCAGUCGGUCGCCUGGCAGGACGCGGCCACGGGCAGCUACGACAAGGCCAUGCGCUUCCUGGGCUCCAACGACGAGGAGAUGUCCUACGACAACAGCCCCUACAUCCGCGCCCUGGUGGACGGCUGUGCUACGAAGAAAGGGUAUCAGAAGACCGUGCUGGAGAUCGACACCCCCAAGGUGGAGCAGGUGCCCAUCGUGGACAUCAUGUUCAAUGACUUCGGCGAAGCGUCACAGAAAUUCGGAUUUGAAGUGGGGCCAGCUUGCUUCCUGGGCUAGGAGCCGCGAGCCCGACCCCCGAGAGCAACCUCGUGACCUCAGCGCGCCGUCUGCGGGCGUCCUGGACAGUGAAGGCCCCUCGUCCCUCCCCCGACCUCGUCUGCGCCCGGCUCCACGCCGAGCCGGACCCCAGACCCACAGAGCAAAGGAAGAGAGCUGAGUCCCCACCCCGGAGCCGAAUCACAUGACCUAGACGGCCCACCGCCACCGGUACCCCGCUGUCUCAGCGCCCUUCCGUCGCCACCACGCCACGGGGACGGGAAGGGGGCCACACUUCUUGCCACGGAGCGGGGGUGGGGGCUGCACUAUUCGGAGACCCCUUUUGUUGUUGUUGUUGUUGUUUUUUAAAUUCAACUUGAAGAUGUGUAUUUCCCCUUCAAAACGUGUUCUGAGGUGAGCCUUGUAAGGGUCAUCCCCACCUUGCCAGAGCGUCUGUUCUCAACUACACGAUCCAUUCGCGGGCGAAAUGUCGUUCCGCACGUGCCUUUCCGAUGGAUUCAAGGUGCUUCCGUUUUUGUGAGUUUUAAGUAAAUAUUUGUAUUGUAUUGUCAUAAACGUGCAGUGUCCCUGACUUUCGAUCACGCACGGAAACCCAGCUUCAGCCCCGCUGGAGAGUGGGGACAAGGGGUGGGCGGUCCAAUCCCGGCGAGACCUGAGGAGCCCCCGUCCCCACCCUGGCCAGGAACGUGCAAUAAAGUGGAAUAUUGCCCAGGGCGGGAGGUCAUGCUGCCGUUCGACCAGCAGGCGUCCGUGGCCCUCUUCAGACAAUUUUUUGAUGAGCUCUGGAGGUUUUUUUCUUUUUUAAUGGAGAGGAAAAAAAGAAAAAAGAGAGAGAACUCCACGCUUUGCCUUUCCUUCAUGCACUUAGGUUAAAACGCAGGCAUAAAUUAAUUUUAAUUGCUUCCUUUCUCCAUUCUUCUUCCCGCAGAGCCUGACGGGAGAGCGUCCGGGGCAGGGAACCCACACUUUCUGUAGAUGGUCCUCACGUGAUAAUUGGUGCUCACUUUUAACUUGUCCUUUGUGGUGCUAUCUGUUCCAAGGUCUCCUUGAAAGGCGACGCGGGGGUACCUGGCCGUGCCUCACCCUCCCGCCUUGCGUGGUCCCCGUCUUCGCCUCCACGGCGUGGGUCUCCGCCAAGGACGUUAAGGUAGACGCACGCCACCCUCCUGCCCGCUGGGCCCACGCGCUUCUGCGCCCCCAGGUCGCGGCGAGGCCCGUUUCCGGUAUUAGGCUGUGGUUCUGUGAUUUGAAAACACACACACACACACAAAUAAAAGCUGCUUCCCGCACUGUCUGUGUCGUGACGAUAGCAGGUUGUAUCUGGUUGCCGAACGUUUGGUGCUAAUUUCUGUGUCUGUGCUAAGAACUGAAUUGAAGCUAAGGGGUGGCCCGGGGGGCCCUCAGCGGACAGGGAGGAGGGCCGUGAGUUCUGCGGGUCUCUGCAGGGCUGCCUCAGGGCCUCCUUCCCACACGAGCGAUUUGGAUUCCCAUCUGCAAGCAUCCUGGGCGCAGGUCUCGGCCGCACUGGAGCUCGGGGCUGGCGGGGCUCUGUCCGGGCACCGUGCCCUCUUCCCACGAGCGAGGGCCGGGGGCUGCCUACUGUGGGCGGGGGACCCGAUGGACCGGCGAGGAUUGGCUGUCCCUUUACUGUGAAAAGCUGCCCUCGUGCCAUGCCCUUUCCCUCCGUGCUGGGGGAAGCGGGUGGGGCCCCCGGGCCCUGCUCAGCCCCCUCGCGGGGAGAGGCGACCGGUCCGGUGCUGUCCCUGCCCACCCCGCCCCGCCAGGGAGACCACAGCAGAGAGCCCUCCGACCCCGGGCGAGACGAAAUCACCCACUGGGAUUUCCCGAACUCCCGCGGAAACGGAGUCUCGCUGUUGCCAAAGAAAAGCCUGGCUUCGAGGUCCUCUCGCGCCUGGGAUGCCGGCCUGCGCCAAUGACUCUCACAUUUGUCUCUUCCAAAGCAAAGCCAUACGCGAGGACUGCCGAGCGGUGCCCUGCGGGGGUUGU